AUGGCAAUUGAAGCUUCCCUCGUUUUGAAGCCACGCGGAGGAGCCGAAAGUGCCACUCCACCACCGAUAAGAGAAGAGGCGAGGAGAAGCACCGCCGUCCUUUCAUCAUGUGCUUCCAGGCUGGAACCCACUUGCCUUGGUAACCUCGUUGUCUGCUUCGAAAACUCUGCCUGUCUUGUUUUUCUGACAGAUGGAGCAGGUGGUUCAGAGAUAGCUGUCCCAUCGGUUCUUUAA